UCUGAAAACACACCGAGAGAGGAGGGAAGAAACCAGAAACCGGCACGACUGUCUAAAAAGCGGAUUUUCUUACAUCUCACGGUGUAAUAUUACAGGCAUUAUUGUCCGAAGUCAUUCUCUUUGGCCUGUCGUGUUUGAAAUGUUACACUUUAGGUUCUCGAGGGCGUUAAAGGAGUUUUGCAAACCCAAUCUAAGGCGCCUUUGGAGAACAAGUAACGUUGCAGAUAAUGACAUUAAAGCAGCCUCCGGAGGAUGCACUUCUUCAUAUAGACGAGCCCUUUGUACGCAGACCGAUGGGGCCAACGAGAAGAGAAGGAAGGCAGGCAUUUUGCCCAGCCUGGAAGAUCUGCUGUUUUACACCAUUGCAGAAGGCCAGGAGAAAAUUCCAGCUCACAAAUUUACCACGGCGCUGAAAGCCACAGGUCUGCUUACUGGAGACCCUCGUCUGAAGGAGUGUAUGGAGAUGUUAAAGGUCACCCUGAAGACCACAUCAGAUGGUGCUCUGGAUCGACAUCUCUUCAAAAAGUGUGUGCAAAGCAAUAUUGUGUUGCUGACGCAGGCUUUCCGGAAAAAGUUUGUCAUUCCCGACUUUCAGUCAUUUACCUGUCACAUCGAUCAGAUUUAUGAGAGCGCUAAAUCAAUGUCGGGUGGCCAGGUGGCAGAUUACAUUCCUCAGCUAGCGAAAUUUAGCCCUAAUCUCUGGGGCGUUGCUCUGUGCACUGUAGAUGGCCAACGAUACACCGUGGGUGACACGAAAAUACCGUUUUGUCUGCAGUCGUGUGUGAAACCAUUAAAGUACGCAAUUGCUGUUCACGAUCACGGCACUGAAUACGUGCACCGCUUUAUAGGGAAGGAACCCAGUGGCCUUCGUUUUAACAAACUCUUUCUCGACGAAGAUGAUAAACCUCACAAUUCAAUGGUAAACGCUGGCGCCAUAGUUUGUACCUCUCUCCUCAAGCAAGGUGUAAGCAAUGCUGAGAAGUUUGACUAUGUGAUGAAUUUCAUGAAGAUGUUGGCAGGAAAUGAAUAUGUUGGUUUCAGCAAUGCUACGUUUCAGUCAGAGCGACUGUCAGGUGACAGAAACUUUGCCAUUGGUUACUACAUGAAGGAAAAGAAGUGUUUCCCAGAGGGUACAGAUAUGAACUCCAUCCUGGACCUUUACUUCCAGCUAUGCUCCAUUGAGGUAACCUGCGAAAGUGCCAGUGUGAUGGCAGCCACCCUGGCCAACGGCGGCUUCUGUCCAAUCACGGGCGACCGUGUGCUGAACCCCGAGGCCGUACGAAACACUCUGAGCCUCAUGCACUCCUGUGGCAUGUACGAUUUUUCGGGACAGUUCGCUUUCCAUGUUGGUCUCCCGGCUAAAUCAGGUGUUUCCGGAGGCAUCCUGCUGGUGGUGCCCAAUGUGAUGGGCAUUAUGUGUUGGUCUCCUCCUCUUGACAAACUGGGCAACAGCGUGCGAGGAAUCCAGUUUUGCACGGACCUGGUCCAGCUCUGUAAUUUCCACAACUAUGAUAAUUUACGCCACUUUGCUAAGAAACUGGAUCCCCGCCGAGAGGGGGGAGAACAGCGGGUCAAGUCGGUUAUCAACCUGCUGUUUGCGGCCUACACAGGAGACGUGUCGGCUCUGAGAAGGUUCGCGCUCUCGUCGAUGGAUAUGGAGCAGAGAGAUUACGACUCUCGGACGGCACUUCAUGUAGCUGCUGCUGAAGGUCACACUGAGGUUGUACGUUUUCUUCUAGAAGCUUGUAAGGUGAACCCUGUGCCCAAAGAUAGGUGGGGUAACACUCCCAUGGACGAGGCCAUUCAUUUUGGCCAUCACGAUGUCGUAACAAUCCUGAAGGACUAUCACAACACCUACAGCCCCAAGGAGACCACUGCCGACAGCGACAAGGAGACGGCCGAGAAGAACCUGGACGGGAUGCUGUAGAGGCGAUCUGUCAAGUUAAAAUACUCCAGAUUUUCCCAGUGAGUGUCUGAGUGUGAGUGUGUCUGAGGUACGCAUUUAAGAAGAAAACUUACCAGACACAAAAAUAGUCUUUGGGCCCUUUACCCUGUUUUGUGAUGUUUGUGUGUGAUGUUUAACCUCCAUUAACGUGGUAAGUUUGUUUUAUCUUAAACUCGGGAGAAUGUAGCCUCAUAAAGGUCUUAUUUAGCUGUAUCUUAUAAAUUUAAUAUGCUCAAUAUAUAAAGUAUAUAUAUAUAUAUAAAAGGUGUAUACAUAGUUAUGUACAUUUAUGGUUUGAGAACCUUCAUAAAUAAUGAUGUCAAAUAGAUAUUGAAGAAAAGUUCUAAGAAAAGGCAGCUUGACUGGAGAGGGUAGCAUUGGGAGGGAUGUGUCAUUCUGAUUUAUUAUUAUUAUUUUUAGUUUUUUUUUACACCAUUUCUUUACCCUUGACUUUAUCCUUGAGUUAUACAUCAACAUGAAAAACAGAUGUAGUUCUUUAUGCCUUCAACUUAUUUGUGUAUCAUGUUGGGAAUAUGUUCCAAUUAGGACAGUUAUUUGAUUGUCCCAAAAAAAAUUGCACUUUUUUUUUUUAUUUGUAUUAGAUUUAUUUGUAUUUCAGUAUCUUAUUAAACUAAAGUAACACUUUACAAUAUGCUUUUUUUUACAAUUAUAGUUAACAUUAAUUAAUUUAGGUAUCAUACUAAUAAUUCACAUAAUUUAUUAACCUCUUGGCAAUUAAGAAAUCUAGGCAAUUAAGAAAUAUAUUCUUGUUCAUUGUUAAUGUUGCUUCAAAAUAGUUUAUACUGUUAAUUUAAAAUGUAUCUGUAAAAAAUAACAAUAACCAAGCUUCAUAAAUGUUGUAAAAGUAUUGAUGGUUAAUUCAUGAUACACAUUUACCUAAUGUUAACUAACUGAAACUUAUUGUGAAGUGUUACCGAAAUUACUUUUAAGCACUACAAGGAACUUUUUCGUACCAGUCUGUUCAACGAACUACAGGAAAUUUCUGUAUUUGAUGUAUAUGUGCUUAAUGUCAAUGAAUGAAACUUACUGUAAAUUGUCACCAAAAUUACUGACACUAGAAGUGUGGUCAUUAUACUACAAGAAUUCCCUGUAUUUGGUACCUAUAUAAUUUAAAAUAAGUUUAAAUUUGUUAGUAAAGUGGCAUCAAAAUUACUUUAAAUCUCUAGAAGGCUAUUUUUAUACCUGGCUGUUAAAUGUACUGCAGGGAUUUCCUGUAUUUGAUAGCCAUCUUCCAAACUUCUGUAAUAGUAAAGUGUUACUUUACAAUUAUUUAAAGCACCAAGAGGAAAAAUUUCAUACCUGCCUGUUCAUUGACAGGAAUUCCUUGUAUUCGAUACCUGUAUACUUAAUGUUAACCUAAGCCUAUUGUAACAUGUAAACGUAAUUACUUUAAAGCACUAAAAGGACCAUUUUCUUACCAGCCCAUUCAUUGUUCUACACAAAUUACCAGUAUUCAGUAUCUUUACAGUUGUUAACAUUAGUGUAGUGUCAAUAAAUUUACUUUAAAGCCCUAGAAGGAUCAUUUUUGGUCCCAGACUUUCAUUGUAUUACAUAAAUUCCCUGUAUCGAUACUUAACUUCUUAACUAAUGUUAACAAUUUGAAACUUUUUGAAAUUACUUCAAAGUACUAGAAGGACCAUUUUCCACCUGCCUCUUCCUAAAUUUCCUGUAUUUCAUACCUAUAUAAUUUAAAGUAAAUUUCAGUUUAUUAACAUUAGUGAAGUGUACUACAGGAAUUUAUUGUAUUUGGAAACCAGCUAACUAGUUAGCAAAUUGAAACUUAUUGUAAAGUGUUAAAAAAUUAAAUUAAAACAAGAGGAACAUUUUUGUACCUGCCCUUUCACUUAAGGAAUUUCCUGUAUUUAAUAUAUGUCUUCUUAACUAAUGUUAACAAAUUGCAACUUGCUGUAAAAUGUCACCAAAACUACUUUAAAGUACUAGAAGGACCAUUUUCAUACCUGGACUUUAAAUGUACUACGGAAAUUACCUGUAUUUGGUACUUACCUGCUUAACUAAUGUUAACAAAUUGCAACUUUUUGUAAAUUGUUACAAAAAUUACCAUUUUCCACCUGUUAGUUCAUUGUACUAAAACAUUUCCUGUAUUUCAUACCUAUAUAUUUUAUAAUACGUUUCCAUUUAUUAACAUUAGGUGUCAUGAAAUUAAUUUUAAGCACUAGAGGGACAAAUAUUAUACCUGCCCAGUCAAUGAACUACAGGAAUGUCCCGUAUUUGAUAGCCAUGUACCUAACUAAUGUUAACCAAUUUAAAUUUAGUGUAAAUUGUUACCAAAAUUACUUUAAAGAAUCAAAAGUACAGUUUUCAUACCUGUUUCACUGUAUUACAGGAACUUCCUGUAUUUUUGAACAGGGAUGUAUUUCAAUACUUCAGCAUAAUGCCAAUCUAAUGGCAGUUGUUUAAUGAAUAAUUAUGUGAAAAA